GGAGAUAUUUGGAAACACUGACUGUAGAUUCGUGUCAACUAGUUAGCAGCGGUGUCAAAAUAUUUUUGUUUGGUGUAUUUUUUUGUUAUUACAAGAAAAUUGUAAUGUUUUUUAUUUAUUUUAAUGCUAUUUUAUAAGAGAUAGCAGUGGCACAUAGUAUUUAUUAUGACGUUAUAGUAAUAACAUUUUGUAGAUUGGUACCGUGUUAGUCAUGUCAGAUUGCGCGUUGGUGGCCAAUGUAAACGAGCAUGAUGCGAGCAUGGACGUGGGGAACGACAAGUCUCUCUUCGAGCCCACUGUUGAUAUGAUGGUAAAUGAUUUCGAUGACGAGAGAACAUUAGACGAAGAAGAGGCUUUGGCGGCGGGAGAGCAGCAGGAUCCCAAAGCAGAGCUCAAUAGCCUGCAGCGGGAAGGUGAUAUGCCCCUAGAAGAACUACUAGCGCUGUACGGAUACGACAGAAACAUGGAUAAACCCGCUCCUGAACAAGCUCCGGCCGAGGUGGUUCCCGAAGAGAGUGAGAAACCAGAGUCUGUACUGCAACAACUAUACACUGAAACUACAAGUCCCGAAGCCACCCGCUGUCUCCGAUCCGGCUCGAGACCACCUUCUGAAGAGGAAGAAGACUAUGAUUACAGUCCAGAUGAAGAUGACUGGAAGAAAACCAUAAUGGUUGGCAGUGAUUAUCAAGCGGCAAUACCGGAAGGUUUAUGCAGUUACGAUGAUGCAUUGCCAUAUGAAAAUGAAGACAAAUUAUUGUGGAACCCUAGUGUUCUUGAUGAAAAUGUCAUAGAGGACUAUAUGAGGAAAAUUUGUGCAUUGACCUCCGGCUCAGGGAUGGAUGCGAUCCCCCGGGGGAAGCAGCUGCGUGACGAUGAAGAAGCUUUAUUCCUUCUUCAGCAAUGCGGCCACAAUCUAGAGGAAGCACUAAGAAGAAGACGAAUUACCGCACAGGCCCCAGCUGAUGCUAGUUUAUGGUCAGAGGAAGAAUGUCGUAAUUUUGAAAAUGGACUUAAAGCACAUGGGAAAGAUUUCCAUUUGAUAAGGCAGAACAAGGUUCGGACCCGGUCAGUGGGAGAACUAGUUCAGUUCUAUUACAUUUGGAAGAAAACAGAAAGGCACGAUAUCUUUGCAAAUAAGGCUCGCCUAGAGAAGAAGAAGUAUACACUUCACCCUGGGCAUACAGAUUAUAUGGAUAGGUUCUUGGAGGAGCAGGAGGCGUCGGGCGCAGGCGCGGGUCCGGUGCGCGCGGCGUCGCCGUCGCCGAUGUUGGUGUACGCGCCGCCCGCCGCCGCGCAGCCUGACCCUUUGGCACUCGGCGAGAAGGAGGUGUUCUCACAGAUGAACCACACUCCUCCCGAUACCACGUCGAGAGAAGACCCAGAACCAGACAUGGGCUCCUAAUAUUUAUUAUGGCAUUGCCUGUUGUCAAGUAGAAUGCACUGUUUACAAAGUGUGACAAGUUGAUUUACAUACUUGAGUUAAGUGGACUGCUCUAAGGAUAUUCCUUCUCAUAAGAAUAGUUCCUCAUUCUUAAGUCUUACUUUUAACUGCAUUCUACGAGAAUCUAUCUCUUUCCUAGAAGAUUGAUUGUUCUAAUAAACCUCUGGCGAAAAUACUUUUUAGUAUUAUCAAUGAACACUUGAACUCUGAAGUAUGUAAGUUUUACUGUCUAUUUAUGCAGCUCAGAUUUGUAUCAAAAACUGCUGUUAUUAUAUAUACUGUGUCUAUUCCCCAUAUGGAAUCCAUAUCAAAGGGGCUGGCAUAUAAUUUUUUUCUAAAUCUCUCAUCUCAUCACUAUCAAAACCAUGAGAUGCUUUCAGUAAGCAUCUCAUGGUUUUGAUGAGAUCCCAUAGGGUAUAACUGCAUCUUUGAUAUAAAUCUGACCUAUUUUAUUCCCUUAUUCAUAAAAUGAAAACUAACUUUUUUACAUAUUUUAAUAUGCAAACUCAAAGAGAUAAAUAAUGAGAGCAUAGAAGUAUAGACCAUAUGGGUAUUAUUCUAUAAAUUUUAUAUUUGUUAUAACAGUGUUCAUGUGCAUACAUAAUUAUUGAUUUCUUUUAUGUCUACAUUUAAAUAUUUUAGUGUAUAUUUUGUCCACCUUAGAUGAAUUUCUGAUAUGAUUCUCACAAUCAAUCAUAUAAUUUUUAUUUAAAUGACAUUGUUAAUUUAUAAUAAUAUAUAUUUCUGGAUUUACAUGAUUGUUAUGGUCAUAAUUAUUAUUAUUUUCUGUAUAAAAUUAGACAGUGAUUUGUGUUGUUGGGCAUCCUUUCAUCUGAGAGUUGUUGGUGAAAAGAAAAAAUAUACUUUUCUAUUGUUAUUCAGCAGCAAAGGAAACAAAGCUCACUAUACUGAAGGCAAACUACGUCAAUCUCAAUUCCAUCAUUAAGCCAUAUGUGCAAAGCCAGCUUUUCAAGAUUGUUAGCUCUGUUAAGGCUUAGCCGUGAUUAACAUGUAACUAUCAUAGAAACAAUAUAGUCCCAUAUCACUCUGAUUCCUGUAUGUAAAUUAAGUCAAGUUUGUUGCCCUUGUUGAAUCGUUAGUGUCGUGUGGUUCCCGGCACCAAUACAAAAAAGAAUAGGACCACUCCAUCCCUUUCCCAUGGAUGCCGUAAAUGGCGACUAAGGGAUAGGCUUACAAACUUGGGAUUCUUUUUAGGCGAUGGGUUAGCAACCUGUCACUAUUUGAAGCUCAAUUCUAUCAUUAAGCUAAAUAGCAGGAUGUGGCCAUUCAGUCUUUUCAAGACUGUUGGCUCUGUCUACCCCGCAAGGGAUAUAGACUUGACCAUAUGUAUGUAUGUUUAAUCAUUAAUAUGUGGUAUUUUUUAAUGUUUACUUGGAACUUACUACUUUUUUAGAUAUCAAUUUCAUUAUAUUUACAGUUAUAUUAUAUCUGUAGGCUGGUAGAUGUAAUGAUGUCUGCAUUAUGAAUUGAUUUAUUGUGCAUUACCUAAACGAAUUUGAAUUCGUCGAUGGUGGUUUGUCCUACAAACAGGUCGAUAUCAUUAUUUAUCGUCAUCUUAAAAUUGGGAGACAGGUCUUUCACCUUUCAAUUCUACCGAUGAUACGCUCGAUAUAAGAAAAAGUUUUAAACUCCAAUGCAUCAAUUCACUGGACUGGAUAGGCUUGUCUGUCCUCUCAGCUAGCCCUCUCAAAAUAUUCUGCUUAUUGAUACUUCGAUUCAAUUAACGGUAGUUCUAUGCUCUCUUUAUUUUGACUUAAAGUUUUAUAAAUAAUUGACUGAACACUAUGGUGUCUUAAAUUGUGUGUGAUUUGUUGUUUUUAUGAUAAGAAUUUUAACAGUACAAUGUAAAUAAUAUUUUAAGCAUUAUAUUUAAUAGUUUUGUUAUGAAUGGGGGAAUAUGAAUCAUAAUUAUGUAAUUAUGUGUAAAUAUACACAUUACACCCAUAAAUCGUUAUGGGUUGUGUAAAAUUGUGGGAAACUAAUAAAACAGUGCAAAAUAAGUAAUCUCCAAA